AUGGCGAUUUCUCUUUAUGUUAAUGUCUAUACCAUGACAGUACCUUCCACCGACCUGUCCAAAAUCAAAAAUUCUCCUGCGCCAUUCAAACGCCACCUCUUUAUUCUGAACUUUAAAGUAAGUUUUUCUUCUUCUCCACCCAAAUUUCCUUCCACUCCACCUAGCUUCGUCCGCUUGGCUUCUACAAGUCAAACUGAGCCAGCACCUCUGUAUAAGUUGGUGACGUGUAUUGCCUCUCCCUCCCUUGCCAACUUUGGCAGUGGAUUUGAGUUGAUUGGCUGCAUCUUUUCUGGCAGCAGCGACAUGGUUACGGUGACAGCAAUUAUCAAAAGCGGAAAGGUUUUCGUCACCAAUAUUGUUCCAGUUGUCAAAGGCGGAAAGGUUUUCGUCACCAAUAUUGUUAGUAUAGAAGUAAAAGACCUGCACAUGCUCAAAGAGCCUUUAAACUACUUAACCGCCUUUGCGAGCCGAUCUGGGGUCAACAGCAACCAUGGUCGUGUUUCCAGUGUGGCUGUUAAUGAGUUAUUCAGCGCCCCACUACCAAGGAGUGAGUUAGUGCCUCUGAUAAUCGGUUCGGAGACCAAAGUUUCAAAUUACAGUUAUAAUGUUGCAGCAAGUAUUUCGGGUGGAUUUGUUAUUGUUGGAGCAAACGAUCAUGUGGGGUUUGGUAAAACUAUAUUGUAUGAUAGUCCGGUGAAGGUUUUUGUAAUCCCGGGUUGGAAAUCGAUUAAGAAGGUGGCGAUAAAAGCAGAAGCUUACGGCUGCAGUACAGCAGCUAUGGGACUUAUGAUGGUGGCUGUCACCGACUGUUUUGCUAAGGGUGAACUGAUCGGUAUGAAGAUGUCGAAAGAGUGUGAGAAGCAAGGAACCAAGGUCACAUUUAAGGAGGUUCGAACAUUGAAACAAAAUGGAACUGUGGUUAUCAAUGAUGAUCCUCCUAGCGUUUGA